AUGAAGCUGAAAUGCAAUCGCGAGAGGCCUUGCUCAAACUGCGCUAACCGUGGCGUACUCUGCGAGCGCGCGUACUCUGUCAAUCCGCAAGGACGCUCAUCCUCCUCAGGCCAUAACCAUGAGGAGAUUCUCUCGCGGAUAGAGCGGCUUGAGAAGCUCGUCGGUCGAUCUGGCGGUCUAGGAACCAACGGUUUACCCGACAAGGAGAUAUCGGUUCAGUGCCCUGUGGCUGAUGCCCGGUCGCACAUCAUAGAAGAAGAGGGUGACACUAGAUGGCUUGAAGGAGUAGGGACUCGUGGAGGCACAUUGCUGCCAGGUCUGUCAAGUGGUAUAACUUUCCAAGCUAUCCCCAUCCAGGUUGCCAUUGAGCAAUCUACCAGCCCGAUGGAAGCUGUGAAGAAUGUCUGGCUGCCGCCCAAGCGCGAGGCUCUCUGGCUGUUCGAAGACUACACUGAGCAUGUUGCAUACCUCCACCACAUUGUCCAUAUCCCUACUGUACGCAACAUUAUCCACAAUCUAUACCGGAAUCUGCAACUUGGCUUGCCUAUUCAGCCAAGUCAUGUUGCCUUGCUCCUUAGCAUGUUUGCCAGUACAGCAUAUAUGCUGAGCUCGUCCAAUUGUUCAGAGGUUCUUUUCUCAAAUCUGCAAAAUGCUAUCCAAUGCUCUUUUCUGUGGUGUAAAUCUGCCCUGGAUGUCUUAGAGCAUUCUAAUCGCACCACAGCUGGUUCUAUUGAGGACAUUCAAGCAACUAUUAUUCUGGCUUUUGUGGUUUUCAACUUUGAAGGGUUUACUGCCAGAUUCCGUAUCCUAAGCAGCAGCGCUCUCUCAAUGGCAAGGGAUCUUGCGCUUCACCGUAUCGAUGCUGAAGUGCAGGCGCCACGUACCGGCGCAGAGAAGCCAAUACAAGUCGAGAUCAAACGGCGGGUGUGGUGGCACAUGGUAUCCACCGACUGGUUGCUCGCUCUAGCUGGGGGACCCCAGGAGGGAACGUAUCUGAUCCAUCCAGCGCAUAUGCGAGUUUGUUAUCCACGCAACAUCGAUGAUUUGGAUGAUGUUGAUGAUGUGGCUGCAGAACGACAUACCUUGGGAGAUGAUCCUUCAUUGUCCCAACCAACAGCAAUGACCUACUCAAUCCUGCGAAUCCGCCUGGCUGAGAUUUGCAGAAGUGUGGUGGACGCCGUUCCACCUCAGUUUACUGAUUGGGGUCGAGUCAACUACGAUGAUAUAAUUACGCUAGAUGGUCAAUUCGAACAAUAUUUACGAGAUCUACCUUCCUUCUUCUGCCUCGAUGAAGCCAGUCUUCACAAGAGCCGCGAAAUUGACCAAAAAUAUCCACAACUCGCUGUUCAGCGGUAUAUAAUCUGCAGCACGUUCCAUUCUCGACGGUUCAAGCUGAACCAGCCUUUCCUUAUCCGCGCUUCCUCUGACGGCCGCUAUAAGUAUUCAAGGGAGGCCUGCUUAAGGUCGGCACGCACUGUGAUCAAGAUCAAAUGGUUGCUUGAACAUGACGGAUCUCCCUUUGCUUCAACCCACGUUCGCUUGGCCACCUUCUUACACACGCUGUUCCUAGCCACCGCCGUGCUUGUAAUGGACUUGUGUGUGAAUAAAAAUGACGGCAUGGAACAGGAAUCCGCGCGAUGGGCGGAGGUUGUGGAGGCAUGUCGUAUGCUACAAGAGGCUGAAAAGAAAUCACCCAUGGCCACUAAAUUCCUGGAGCCUCUGGUCGACAUCCUCAAAAAAUAUCAUACUCAGUUACCUUUCAUUUCGUCAUCGUCUACAGCCGCCCUGCUUCCUCUAUCGGCAGCUCCCUCCUAUGGGAUUUCGACUACGACCGGCUUGGAUCGCCCUUCAGUGAAUCCAACGCCGAUGCAAUCCAUUCCGUCAAUUCAAAGCGAUCAAAUUCACGCCGACGCAGUCGAUACUAACGGCGAUCUCAAGGAGGGCGAUAUCUUCAAUCCUAAUAGCGACAUUUUUGAUGAAAUGUGGCGGAGUUUUAUCGAUAUGGACCAGCAUAUUGUGCCACUUGUUGGGCUCACCGAUUCUUCAUACUUGAGGCAGCCUGAGUCGCACUGA